UGAUGACUCAUUCUAAAUUAUUUUUGAAAUGAGUUCCGAAGAAUAAUUCGGAUAUUCAAAUUAAUUUUGUGGCGUCCAUCAUUAAGGACCCCCGCCACCCAGGACGUGCCCGCUUCUCCUUGUUACCUUCAGGAGGGAGGACUGGACUGCUUACGGUAAACGGAGUUUCAGAAGAUCUUACGGCUGGGACGAAAUCAGGUUUUGUAACGAUGGUGUGCAUCCUGGCUCUGGUGUGUUCCUUGUUGAUUGUUCCUGUUGAUGCAUUCAAAGUUGAGUGUGAGCCCGAACCAGCUGCAGAAAUUGGAAAAGAUGUCACGUUCAAAUGUACAUUUGAUUGCCAUGGUCAUUGUACUCCAGCAGUGAAAUGGGAGAAGAAAGCUGGCUCUGAAAUUUUGUAUGAGUACAAAGGAAGUAAAAGUGAUUUCAGCAACCAGCAUGCCAACUACACAAAAAGAAUUCAAGUUGAUGAAAAUUCAGUUAAUAACGGCGAAGUAAUUCUUACAUUGAAGAAGGUUCAUCUUUGGGAUGAAGGAGAUUACUUGAUCUUUGUUAGCACUAAUGGUGGAUAUAAAGAAGUAUCUGUUCAUCUGUCUGUUUGGGCUAGUACAGAUGGCAUCCAUGUUUUCUGGGAUUCCAAUUCAAAUGUGCUGUCAUGCCGGUCUUCAGGGUGGUACCCUGCUCCAGUCGUUACAUGGAAGGACAAGCAUGGGAAUGAAUUGUCAGCGCAUGAUGAAGUAAAAUUGAGAGAAAGUGAUGGAUAUUUCAAUGUGACGAAUGAUUUGAAAAUAAUUGACAAAAUGAAACACUACAUCUGCUCCAAGAUUCAUAAAUGGAUGACCGAGCCUAAGCAGACUCGAGUGAUAUUUUCAGAUGGAAAACACCUUAUCCGUGUGGAUAAUGGAGAGAAACCAUCAGAUUUAUAAUUGAAAAGAUGUGUUUCUCCAAACAGUCAUUAUACUCUCCAACAAAGCUUCCUCAAUUUAUUGCUUCUUACCGUAAAUACCGAUCUAUAAGCCAGGACUUUGGCCCUAACUUCCUAACUUAAAGUUAGUUGUUACCUGAGCACCUUUGGUCUUCAACCUAUCAUUGACGUUUCCUUCUCUCCACACUGUCUGCCCCUUCCUUCUCUCCACUCUCUGCUUAGUUUCUUAUUUUUUCUGGUUUUGGAACCUUGAUAGGGAUGGCUGGUCAUGUGACAUGUGACUUAUGUUACUUAUUAUUUUCACAUUUCUGGUUUUGUUUUGGUUUAAAACCAUGUGCAGCUUUGUGACUUAUUAUGUGACUAAUAUAUGACUUAUUAUUUUCACAUUUCUGGUUUUGUUUUGGUUUUAAAACCAGCUUUGUUAAUCAAGCAUGCAGCUUGAUUAAUGCAGUUAAGCAUUGCAGCUUUGUUAAUCAAAAUGGCUAGUCUUUAAUAUGUUGUGGUUAAACUAAUGAUAGUUUUCUUGAUGAGUUUUAUGGCUAGCAUAGCAAGUAACAUAGUGGUUGUUGCAGCACUGAAGUAAGGGAUUGAAGAAUUACCUGUGCUAGUGGAAGUGGUGGAUGUGGGUUUGAUUUGAAUAUCUAGGUGAAUUUUGGGUAUGUAUAUAGAUGGGAGUGUAUGGAGGGUCGUGGUCCGGUGUCCAUUGAUGGGACUAGGCAGAAUAAUUUGGUGUGGUCUAGAUCGGCUGAAGGACAGGUUCCUGUGAGGUAGUGUUCUAUAGGCGAUUGUAAUUAACCAAAAUUACAGCAAUGUGAUUGUAUCUUCCUGGCAGAUGAAAGCAAAAAGAAAGAGGUGAUAGGUUUUCAAUAACACCACUAAUAUGAAUUAAUGUUCAAGGAUUCCAUGUGUUUGGUUGCUGACUUCUCAUGUCAAACAAGAAUUGUGAUUUGUGUAUAUGUAAGGACUUAAAUUUUAAGAGCAAGUAAAAAUACUGCUAGGUGGUAGAUAAAUAAGAAUAAAUUAGAACUGUGAGGCACAAGCAAAAUAUGUAAUUUACAUAUAGCUAUAUAUGAAAUUUAUGAGACUGCUAUACAAUUAUGGAGGAAGUUAAUGCUCCUUAAAACUUAGUUUUGUAUGUUUUGUGUGCGAGGCACUUUCUACAAUUACUGAUUUUCUGAAAGUUCAUUCUACAACUAUUUGCAAAGAUCUUGUUUUAAAAAAGCUUUUAGCAAUUUGAAUAAAAACUUUCAUUUUAAUUCCCUU